AUGGACUUUGACUUCACGUUUCGCACCAAUGACGAUAUGGAAGUUCUUUUCAGUUCAUUGGCAACUCAGCUGGAUUCCUACCGAAUCAAGAAGGGCGUUGUGAAAACAGGACGCUGGUUCAGCUGGCACAAUGGAUGCGAAAGCCAGUAUCAUGAGUUUUGGUCGACCAGAAUGCUCCUGGAGUUUGGGUUUCCCAAUGAGACUGACCCUGAUCAGAACCAAAAGAGUUUCAAGGAGAUGAGAUCAGGUGGCGAUUCCGUUGGGGGGCUGCGGCUAGUUCUCCAGUGCUGCAGCUGGAAAACGUGGUAUGGCAUCACUGCCAUCAAGCUGGCUGACCAACCACUUUGGACGUUCUACACUGAAUCAGUCAAGACAGUCAAAGAUGCUUCACAAGGUUUUCAAAGAAACUUGCUUUGGUUUGGGAAUGGCUGGAUGCAGGCCGAGCAAUUCAGUCAGCUGGUUCGUGUCCUUGUCCAAGAAGCAGAGUUCGAAAAAGUCAGAGCAUAUGCUGCCUUGUCUGUUCGAUUUCUGGGUGAGGAAGCAGCUGACCAGCAUCUCGCUGGAUUUGUGUCGUGCUUAUGGGCAUACAUCAUGCAGAUUUUGAACUUCCGAGGAAGAACUAUGUCGAAGCAUGCUUCAGGUCCUGAGGCCUAUGCACCGGCCAUUGGUGAUGAUCCUGAAUGUGCUCAAGAAUCCAUGGACUUCAUGAUUGCCGAUUGGCGUGCGUUGAGGCUGCUGGAAGCUUCGCCUGGCCAAGCGCCCCAAGAGCUUGCAGCCGACAUGCGUGAUAGCAUUUCAAAACCUCUGAGAUUGGCCUUUCAGCUGAUGGAGUGUGGCCGAAAAGAAGAGUCUUUGUCAGUCUUGAAGAGUCUGUUGUACAGAUUGCCAGAUACGAAGGUGGUGGAAGAUGUUCAUCAACGUCUUCGGACUGAAGCCAUGGCCAAUCCCAACAACAGACUUCUCCCAAGGGAAUUGCAAGGGCUUGUGCAGACUUCGGGACAACUCGAAGCCCGACAAAUCCCACAUCCAGCCAGAUUAGACAAAGAGUCUUUUCUUGAACGUUGGAAGGUCACUCCAAACAACUUCAACUUCAAGGUUUCACUGGACUCUGGAGUGGUGAAGCUCCCAAAGUACUUUUCACGAAUGCUUGGCAAAAAGUCUUGGCGGACAAUCAGUGAAGAAGCCUUGAGUUUGUCCAGUUCGGCAUGGGCAUGGAUGCGGGAGUACAUCUCCAAGGACUUCAAAAGCAAAGGCAUCAAGUUGAGAGAUUCUCAAUUUUUUGAGUCAGAUGCUCGGAUGUGCAUCACCUUGCAGCCAGGGAUGGCAUUCAAGGCCGCAGAUGAGCCUGAUGUUGUUUUUGCCUGUGUGUCGAACCUUCGAUGGGCAAUUCUGGCAUGGCCACUCCAACCGGUUCAAGAUGAUGGUUACUACAUUCUGGAUCCAGCCGGAAGACUGUACUGGAAAUUUGUGACCAAUGUCGAGAAUUUGGAAGCGGGGAUUUUGGAACCAUCAUUCUUACCUGGUGUUGGCGUCGGCAUUUUGAUUAGCGAAUGGGGGUCGGCUUUGAAGGUUCUGCUCAAGCAGUCUUCUGAGGCUCUGCUUUUCCGUGACCUCGAGUUCCUGGCCAAGAAUGCAUUUGGCAUGUCCCGAACCAGAUCCAUGACUCGGCAUGAUCUUCUGAAAGCCCUGGCGACUGAAGUUGGGGGCCGAGAAUUUGCUGAGGAAGUCUUGGAGUCUGUCUGUUGUAGAAAGAAAAGGAAACUUGACCAAACUGACUUUGAUGACCUUGCUGGCAUUGUCCUGGAGGCAAUGGACAAGGACGAGGCAGCUGAAUGGGAUGACGUUCGAGUUUCGAUGAAGAAGAAAGAGAAAGACGCAGUUGCAUCGAAAUGGCAGCAGUGGAGAAAAGAGGCCAAUGAACGAAAAAAGGCAAAGGGCAAGGGCAAGGGCCGUGGUGGACGUGGAAAAGGUCGAUUGAGGUUAAGCUUCAAUGGUGUUGACUCUGAUCAAGCAUCGCCAAUGGGAUCUCAACAAGUUCAUCAAGGUGACAGUGCUGCUCCAGCUACACCCAAGAUUGACAACGACGACGAUGCUAACAUGGAAAUCGAUCCUCCUAAUGUCGAUCCAGUGCCCUCCCCGGCCGAUGUUGAAAUGCCAAUGCAGUUCAGUGAUGCAGCAGCUGCUGCAAGUGAUGAUGUCUCUGUAGUCUGCUGUAGUCAACUUGGUUCGCUUGACCUCUUCACUGCUGAGAGUGAGCCUGCUGCUGUUGUGCCAGCAGUGGCCAGUGAAAAUGCAGAUGCUAUGUCUCAAUCUGCUGUUGCACCGGAGCCCGGGCCAGAUGCUCCCAGUGAGACUCCUGCCGCUGAUGCCGCUUCAUCAGCACGAGGGCCAAACGUUCACCGAACCCCUGAUGAACUCCAUUUGAUUACGCCGCCCAGCUGUUCAAUCCACCUGAAUUGCAAUGAUCACCGCUGGACAGAGAAGUGGCCAAAAGCAUUUGGCCUCUCUUCCUGGUCCAAGUCGUUCGACUACAAGAAUGAAGCGGAUUGGAAGCUCAAGUUGGAGCUCGUGCAUGAGCAUGCAUGGAGAACGUGGAAAAAAAUCAAAGACCAUGACUCCAUGAGGCCCUUUAGGGACCAGUUGAAACUUUGUGAAGGGCAAGUGGAGCAACAGGGAGGUGUUCUUGUUCCACAGCUGAUUGAAAAUCUCAGACCUCAAUUUGAAAGGAUGCCUCCAAAGAAGAGAUACUGA